GACUGAUACAUAAUGCAGGUGAAGCUGGGGAUUCAGCUACUCAAGGAAGAGGGUUUACUGGAGCGUGCAGGAGCCAGCUUCUACUACGACGCCUUUCAAUUCUGCGCCAGCUGUUCGGACAAGCGAAAUGCAAAGCAAUGGGUCAAGAAAGCUUUGGAAGUAGAAACGCUCGGGCGAGGGCCCGACACGCCGACUGCGAAGCAGUACAAGGGGUAUCUGGAGGAUCCGAGCAGACACAGGUCUUUCGGUCUUCGACCAAGACAGACCUUAACUGGGCCAGUUGUUUGACGUCAAGCUGAUUAUGUCGUAUGUUGUACGCAGGAUUGGAAUAUCUGACU